AUGGAACCAUCCCCGUCGUCCUCCCCACGCCCCGCUGCCCAGUCCCCUACGCCCCGCGGUGAGGCCCCGCUCCCCCCCCCCCGCUCACCGGGCACAUGCCCGCCCCGCUCACCUGUCGCGUCGCUCGUCCCGCGCCGCUACCCGGUUCACCGCGCCUCCUCUGCUCGCCGCCUUGCCGCCCCUUGCCUGCGCUGCUGGCCUCGACCCGGCCUCCCACAACCCUCCCCGCUCCGACCGUCCUCGCCGGCCCCGCCCGCAGCCCUUGCUCGAAAGCCAUCGCACGCCCGCCGCCCGCCCAACGGGCACACACCCCGCCGCUGGCCCCUUCCAUGCUCGACGCUGCGCCAUCACCCGCGCGCCCGCUCUAAACCUCGCCCCGCACUCGCCUCUGCCGCCCUCUCGCCGCGCGCCUGGCUCUGCCCCACCAGCGUUGUGGUGGCCUUGCCGGCCGACGCGCCCGCAUCCCCCUCUCACUCGCGGCGCUGCCCCCCCACCCCCACAGCGCUCCCCAGCGCGCGCAGCCCUCCGCCGGCGCCGCCCGCUGCUUCCCCCUGGACCACGCGCUCCGGCGCCCGCCACAUGCGCCUGCACCACCGAGGCGAAGCCGCGGUUGCCCAGCGCCCGCGCCCGCUAAGCGGUGCCCGGUAG